AUGGCAAAUAAUUCGCCUCCACAAGUGCCAUCCUCUUUCGACCCGGCUUUGUAUUUCCAUUCAGAGCUCCCUGAUACCGCGCCAUCCGAGUCCUUCUCCGACGACAUCGAGGCAUUGUAUCUACAACGUCUAGAGACGGCCCACGAGAAUCGUCGCAAGGGAGUCGUGAUCCAACAUCGUGCUUGGAAUCUCUCAGACGUCUUUCGGAGCGACGACGACGUCCAACCUGUUACUCCAACCAAGUCCCAGAAUCUCCAACCAAACAAAACUCUUUCUAUGCUCGGAUCAGACUCCCUCAUACCGUCGACGCCCCCAAUUGCGACGAUGCCGUUCAUAUCCUCUCCAGUUGCCUAUCCCCCGAGCUCAUCUCCCCCGACGGAGGUCCAGAAAAGAAAGCUUGAAGAUCCCGCAACAUCGAAGGAGCCAAAAAGGCAGAAAACAAUUGGUGGAUUUGUCGAGGAUGAUGAUGAUGACGAUGACGAGCUCGAGGCCCUGCGGGAUGCGCACUUGAAGAGCGAGUUUGCGCUUUUACAGGAAAACCCGCCCAGCCAACAUGCAGCGGUUUCUAGUGCGCCCUCACCUUUACAACUUCUAUCCUCCCAGGCCUCUGGCCCUGGCGUUAAUUCGAUGCCCUCGUCGUCCGAUGUCCAUCGUCACUCACGUCAGACGAGAGAUACUGUCUGCAUCAAGACAUGCUCCGGGAAAGUGCAUAGUGUGCGGACCAGAGAUGUCUCCUCUCCCGUCACGUACGAGAGACUUGUUGCCAGUCGUUCAACCACCGCUCCUGGGAAAGCUCAGAGAAGUUACUAUGGUAUCGAGAUACACAGACUUCUAGAUGAGGCUGCAAAGGAAACUAAACGCGACACUUCCUUGCAAACAUCUAAUCGCGACGUUAUUCAGCCAUCAAUCGAGACGCCGCUUCCAGAUCGCCAUGGGAAAAAGGCGUCUAAUUCCAUGUGGACAGAGAAGUACCGUGCUCGAAAGUUCGCCGACCUCAUUGGCGACGAACGGACUCACAGGGCAGUUCUGCGAUGGCUCAAGGGAUGGGAUCCCAUCGUAUUUCCUGGUUUAGCCAAGCACAAGCAAGCAAGACAAGGGAACGAAGAUAGUGAACGGUCCCAUCGAAAGGUUCUAUUGUUGACUGGACCCCCAGGCCUUGGAAAGACAACUCUAGCACAUGUCUGUGCCAAACAGGCGGGCUAUGAGGUCCUGGAGAUCAAUGCUAGCGACGAUAGAAGUAAAGAUGUCGUCAAAGGCCGGAUUAGAGACGCGGUGGGCACUGAAAAUGUGAAAAGCGUGAACUUCGAGGCCGACGGGGAGAAGCUUCGCAAGACAGCUCGCCCUGUGUGCGUAGUCGUGGAUGAAGUUGAUGGUGUUGUCGGUGGAUCUGGGACAAGUGGAGAAGGAGGGUUCAUCAAAGCAUUAAUUGAUCUUGUCCAGCUGGACCAGAAGAACUCAAGUCGAUCUAGCGGCCAGAGCUCUACAACCCGGCGAAAGAAGAAAGGCGAUGAUUUUCGGCUGUUACGUCCUCUCAUUCUCAUAUGCAACGACAUUUAUCAUCCCAGUUUACGACCGCUCAGGACCGCGAAAAUCGCCGAGAUCAUCCACGUACGGCAAGUUCCGCUGGAAAACGUAGUCCAGCGCAUGAAAAACAUACUGGAGAGAGAGGGGAUUCCUUACGAUGGUGACGGCGUAAGGAGACUGUGCGAAGCAACUUGGGGCUUGAACGGCAGGAAGGACCGCGGGCUACUGAAUCGCGGAAUUGGAGAAGGAGAUAUACGAAGCGUUCUUGUUGCGGCCGAAUGGGUAGCUCAUAAGCUCAGAGCCACUUGCUCUCCCUCGAUUCCUCGGCUCACCAAAACUUGGUUGGAACAGAACAUAUUGGAUGAUUCUCAAGAUGGGUCUUCCAGAGGUCUCGGGAGGGGAGGAGUUCGUGAAAUCGUUGAUCGGGUCUUUAUGGAUGGUGCAGGCUUUCCAGAUGCCCCCGUGGGUUCUGAAUCUUUCCGAGAUCCUUUUACCGGGGAGCAAGGAAAGACUCCUGUAGGAGUAGCAGACCUUCGGAAGCGCCAUGCUAUUAACCGACUGCGGGAAAUGGUUGACACCAGCGGCGAGUACGACCGCUGCAUUACAGAGUGCUUCGCCGUUUACCCGACUCAGACCUAUCAAGAUGAUACGUUUUUAUCCAAACCCAAUGCGGCUUACGACUGGCUUCAUUUUCACGAUAUGAUAUCGUCGAGGGUAUUCUCGAACCAAGACUGGGAGUUGAACUCGUAUCUCAGCCAGUCAGUUGUGGCAUUUCACCACCUUUUCGCCAGUGCUACACAGGAUAGGGGCCUCAAGGAUAAGAAUGACCUUGACGAGGACGAGAAUGAGGACGAGCAUCCUUUCUCAGGACCGAAGGCGGAUUUCGCGGCAUUUGAGGCUCAGAAACAGAAUCGUUCAAUUGUCACUGGCUUUCAGGCGUCCUUUUCUGCCUCUCUGAUGAGACUUUUCCGCUCAACGGACUGCGUGGUCACUGAGCUCAUUCCUAAUCUGGUACGGAUGCUGUCGCCAGACGUGAAACCAGUUGUCGUCCGAGGCAGUGGAGAGCAGAACAGUGUAGCCAGUGUUCGAAAGGAAAGUGAGCGUGCCUUGAUACGUUCCGCGGUCAGAGUCAUGAGCGGACUAGGCGUGACGUUUGAAAAGGCGCGAGUGGAGAACGAAAACGGUGCCCACGGUGGGUGGAUCUACAGAAUGGAACCCUUCUCGAAAAUCAAGGGCACGGAACUUGAAUCUGGUAGCUCCGCGCCGAUCCGUUAUGCGGUCCGCCAAGUUCUAGACCAGGAGUACCGCAAAGAGGCACUGAAAAAGCAGUCCGAAGCUUCUCAGUCGAAAUAUGGUGGUGACUCGGGCAAGUCGAGGAAGAAAGGCAACGGCGAUGAGGACAAGGAUAAUGAUUCUGCCAAGUCAUCGCGGGAUGACCAUGGGGUCAAACGCGAUUUCUUCGGAAGAAUCAUCAACGAAGCGUCGCCCGCACCGGCAAAAGAUGCGGGUAACCGUCCGCAGAAGAGAAAAUCCGACGGACAGAAGAUUGAACGGAGAGUCUGGGUUACGUAUCACGAGGGCUUCUCGAAUGCUGUUCGGAAGCCGAUCUCCAUGAGCGAGUUGCUGGCUGAACUAUGA